GGUACUAUUUCCAUUGUGGCCUCUAGUAACAUUAUAUUUUAUAUUAGAUUUAGAGACCUUCAUUUCGGUAAGAUGUGGCUAAGUUACAUAAUUCUAUACAUUACUUACGGUUUGCUAUCGGUCCUAAGUAAUGGUGAAAAUAUUUAUAAAUAUUAUGACAGUUUGAAUAAAAUUGGAACUAUUCUAUUAGUAGAUCUCAAAAUAGAAAAGUAUGUGUCUAUUAUUUAUUUUUAUUUAUUUAUUGGAGUUAUAAUUGGGCACUCCACUAGACUUUCCAUGUUAAUCGCACAUUAUGGCCAUUCAAAUAUGACAGAACAUCUUCUUUCCUCAUUUUUAUUAAUGAGUGUAAGUUUGACGUUUUUCAAUCGAGCUAUUAUGUUUGAAUUGUUAUGGAAUCGUAUGCGAACAUUGAGACAGACAAUGGAGAAUCAUGUGGACUUCACCUUUAAUGAAGACGAAAGGAAACAUAAGCUUGUAAUUUCCAAAGUCCAAGAAUAUCUAUUGAUAUAUAAUAAAUUGUUAAGAAAUACCCGACAUAUAGGAGGAUCAUCAAAAUUUAUAAUCAAAGUCAUUUUUUACAUUGAAGCUGUAUUCAUACUUCUCCUACCUUUAGUGCCGUCGUUCUUCGCAGAAUUAAUAAGAUUUGAAAUAUCAAAAAUAAAAACACAUUUGAAGAAGCAGCUACUCGUGUGUUCUGGUGAAUUUUCACGUAAUAAAAUUUUAGAUGCUCUGACGUUCCUCAGAUUAAAUCCAUUUGUGUUUUCCGUCUGGCGUCUCUUCAACGUUGACAUCACACUGCCGCUUACUUUAGUUAGUGUGUGCACCACUUAUAUUAUCGUACUUAUACAAUUAAAACAAUUAUAUUAA